AUGCCCAACUCACUGUCCACCCGCCUCGAUCAAGACUUCCUCAAUCUCAUUCCCCGCGAUGUGAUCGCCGCCCACACCCAGCGGCUCCUCGACCCCCUUCGCAACGAGCGUGGGGAACACCUGGUGGCAGCAACCGCAGUGCUCUUCGCCACUAUGGUCGAACGCUACGGCGGCUCACCCGAGGGCCUCUACGAGUUCGGCAAGAAGGUUCUCCAUCAUCAGGAGGACUUCCACAAGAAGGGCAACGACCAGCUCGAAGCUCUUCGUGACUUCAAGCAGCGGCUUCAAUUACAACACCUGAAUGGAGACCCUAUGGCCACCACCUUCCACAUCUCCCCUAUUGGCGAGUUCCAGUAUCCCUGGGUCAACAAGCCGGACACCAAGUUCAAUGAUGACGGCCUCUACUCGGUGGACCUGAUCCUCGAUGGGCAGGAUGCCGCAAAGCUCAAGGCCAAGAUCGACGGUGCCGCCGAGUCCUACCUCAACGAGCACACCGACGAGAUGAAGCCCGCCCAGGCCAAGCAGUGGGAACUUUACGUCCCCUACAAUGAUGAGCUGGACGAGGAGACGGGUGAGCCCACGGGCCGGACCAUCUUCCACUUCAAGCAGAACGCCAAAAUUAUCCUCAAGGACGGCUCCACGAAGAUCGUGAAGAUCGAAAUCCGCGAUGCUGGUGACAACAUCAUCAACAAGCAGGUCUUCGGAGGGUCUGAAGGCCGCGUCCUGUUCUCCAUGCGGGGGAUUGCGGUGUCGUCCUCCAAGAAGGCCGGUGUCCGCCUCGACUUCGCCAAGGUGCAGGUAACCCAGCUCAUCCAAGGCUCCGCAGGCAGCCGUGGCUUCGGGGCCGUCGAAGGUGGCUACGUCGCUGAUGGUGAAGACCAAGGCUUCGGUGGUGCAGAUGGUGACGAAAGCGGGGUCGCUGCCCACGUGGUGACUGGGGGUUCGGACCCUGUGGCAUACGUCGCUGCGGGGCUGGCCCUCAUCGCUGCCUUCAUCUCCAUCCGGCAUGGCUUCAGGUCCGGCCUAGAAGAAACCAAUGCGCGGCAUCUCGAAGCUCUCGGCCAGAAGGUCCGCUUCGAGGAACUCAAGAUACCCUACAUCGUGCCUGAGACUCGGCGGACUUACAGCCCCGACUUCAUCCUCGACAACGGGAUCAUCAUCGAGACCAAGGGCAAGCUGGAGCCCAAGGACCGCGCCAAGCAUCUGUUCAUCAAGACCCAGCAUCCCGACCUCGACAUCCGCUUCGUCUUUCAGCGGCCUCACGACAAGAUCAACAAGGGGUCCCCGACGAGCUACGCCAUGUGGGCCGACAAGUACGGGUUCAAGUGGGCCUCACGGAUCAUACCCGAGGCGUGGACGAAGGGGAUCACCCUCAAUGGCCCCAUCUUCGGGGCCGUGAUGACUGCCCUUCUGGUCGCGCUGAUCGUCGGGUUCAUCAUCGGGGCGAUCCUCACGGGCGGCCUACUGAUCCCGCUCGUCGCUUUCCUAGCGUUUCUCGGGAUUAUCCUCACCUUCGCGUUCUAUGCGCUGCGGGCCUUCUACCAUUGGGCGUGGGACCAAGGGCUGAAGAUGGGGCUGUUGGACAUCGGGUACCACUUCAUCAUCGAGCGUGACGCGACAGUCGUGGAGACACGGGACCGCCACCUCAUCGGGACGCACACCCCCGGUCACAACCUCGACUCCAUCGGCAUCUGUCUGGUGGGAGGCCGGGAGUUGGGCAUGGAGGGUGGCGUCAACAACUUCCUGAAGGUCCAGCUCGACACCCUGUUCGACCUCAUCUUCAACCUCCGCACCGAGUUCGGCUUUCUCAAGCUAGUGGGCCACUCGGAGGUCCAGAAGUACCGCAACCGGAUGCUCCCUGACUGUCCGGCGCUGGAGAUGGACGACCUGAGGCAGGACCUCGACUUCUACACCUUCAACCGAAAGAAACUGGAA